AUGCACAAACGAGAUCAAACAACUCAAGAAACAGUACUAGAUAGUGCCAUGAAAUUCUCCAAUCACGAUAUCGUCAAGUAUUUGAAAGAAAAUGGUGUAGAAAAAUAUGAUCGCAUUAACAGAACUGCAUUGCAAUUUACCGCCGAUGAAGGAACAAAAGAAGUCAUGACGUUAUUAUUGACUAAGAAAGCUGACAUUAAUGCUAAAUCUGAUGACGAAAUCAUUCUUUUUACUAAUGCUGCUAAAGCUAAACACUACGAUGUCAUGGGUACUGCAUUAAUUAAAUAUGUGCUUGAUCUUUUUUGCAUAUGUAAAGGAACCCGUACCACUGAAACAAUUUUCCAUGCAGCUGCUGAUAUUAACAACCAUACAGUAUUCAAGAAUUGGCUAAUUUCAUUUUCUCGAAACCUUGAUUCUAAAAGAAAUAACGAUUUUUUUUUGUACUUUAAAAGUCAUAUGAGUAGUCAUAUCAAUCCUUACAAUAACAUCUGGAUCUUUGAAAAACUCCCUAAGGACAUUAAUGCUAUGGAUUCUAUUAAAAGGCACAUUGUAGAAUUGAUAGCAGCGGGUUUUUAUGUAUCUAAUCAAAAUAUUAAAGCUGUUUGUGAUGAGGAUAUUUGA